AAGAGUGCUGGCUUUGUUCCCUGCUCAGGCUGGGCAGGGUGGUGUGGGAGCCAAUAAGGGGAGAAAACAUGCAGAAUAAGUUAGAAGGGGGGAGGCCAUGUUGAAGCAAGUGUUUUGCCAUUGUCCGCAGGUUCAUGAGCAUUCACCAGUCGCCUGCAAAUGUGUGUCCGUAAGGGUUAACAGGAAGCACAGAGAGGACUGUUGAUUUCUGUUUUGGGAAACACAUCAGGAGGAAAAGAGGAAACGAUUCAGAUACAAAAAAAGAGUUUGAGGUGUCCAAGGAGGAUGUGCAGCCACAGAGACAUGGACAGGACACAUGUGAAGACAGAGGAGGCUGACAAGGAGAAGACGGAAGAGGACGUGGUGCGCCUCCGGAGAGAGAUUGGCCUGCUGCCUGCAGUGUGCUUCAUCAUUGGCACAGUGGUGGGCAGUGGGAUCUUCAUCGCACCCAAGGGAGUCCUGAUGAACAGUGGCAGCGUGGGGCUCUCUCUGCUGGUGUGGGCGCUGUGUGGGGUCCUCUCCAUGUUUGGGGCCCUUUGCUAUGCUGAACUGGGCACCACUUUCAAAAAGUCAGGGGGCCACUACACUUACCUACUGGAGACACUGGGGCCACUGCCUGCCUUUUUACGACUCUGGGCUGAGUUCUUAUUCAUCAGGCCUGCUGUUGCUUCCUAUGUGUCCCUGGCUUUUGGCCGCUAUGUGGUGGAGCCAUUCUUUGUACCUUGUGCUGCUCCCACAGUGCUAAUCAAACUUGUUUCCAUCCUGGGACUCACAUUUGUCGUGGCAGUCAACUGCUGGAGUGUGACCACGGCCUCUCGCACUCAGGUCACCUUGACUUUUAUUAAGAUGUUUGCUCUGGUCCUCAUCAUCAUCCCUGGUGUCAUUGCACUGGCUAAAGGACAAACCGAGAAUUUCCAGAAUGGUUUUGAGGUUGACUUAUUAACAUUGGAUAAGUUGCCCCUGGCCUUCUAUAAUGGCCUAUAUGCCUAUGGUGGAUGGUUUUACUUGAACUUUGUCACAGAAGAGGUCAUAAACCCAAACAGAAACAUCCCGCUGGCAAUAACCUUCUCCAUGGUGACAGUGACAGUCUUUUAUGUGCUUGUAAAUGUGGCCUACUACACCAUGAUGACUCCGUCUGAGCUGCUGGUGUCUGAUGCCGUGGCUGUGACGUUUGCGAACCGUGCUCUUCAGGGAUUGGCUUCUGUGAUUCCCUUUCUUGUGGCCCUAUCCUGCCUUGGAGCACUUAACGGUGGCUUCUUUGGGGCACCCAGGAUGCUGUUUGUGGGAGCCAGAGAGGGCCACUGGCCUCCAGUCUUUUCCAUGAUUCACAUCCGCAGACAUACACCAAUGCCUGCUGUGCUGUUACUGUACCCCUUGGUGAUUGUGAUGUUAAUCCGUGGAGAGAUCUACCAGCUCAUCAACUUCGUCUCCUUUGCUCGCUGGUUCUUCAUCGCCUUGGCAACCUUGGGGCUGCUCAUCCAUCGAUAUCGCUUCCCCCACCACCCAAGACCUUUCAAGAUGCCCCUGGCCAUCGCAGUCAUCUUCACGGUGGUUUGCUUCUUCAUCGUGGGCCUGUCUCUGUACUCGGACCCCUGGAACACUGGGCAAAGCUUCGCUCUCACUCUGACCGGGGUCCCAGUUUACUAUGUGACCAUCUACCGCUUUCGCUUGCCCAAUAGAUGCAGCCGCAUCUUCAACUACUGCAGUAAGCAGCUGCAAAUCCUUCUAGAAGUGGCUCAACAGGAAGUGCAGACGUACUGAAGACCCCAAAGACUUCUUUCUACUGACACAACACCUGGAUACCACUUUAACAAGAUCAAGAAUCUUUUUGUUUAGAGUUCAAAUCUGUGUCUUACAUGUCCAUUUUGAUACUUACAAGAAUUUCAAGAUGCUGUUUUGAGAAAGCACUAUGCUGGAAACAGUUGCUGAUUCUGACUUCUCUUUUAAAAUUUCACUUAGACUACACUUGACUGAGGUAAUGUGCUAUGCUGGACAUAUUUUUGUGUUUUUAAGAGACACUGCCACUGGAAUAAGAGGUGCUUUUCUCUACUGUUACCAUUCAUGAACAUCUGAAACUCUGCUCAUGAUAGUCUUAUUUGUACAUGGAUUUAUCCCAACUAAUAAGGUCAUUUUUUAAUCACAGAGACGAUGCACAAAUGGUUUCAACUUUUAUUCAAAUAUAAAUAAAAAUAGGCAAUCUUG